CGGAAACCUCCUCCGAACACAUUGCUCAUUUUUACCCCCUUCAGCCUGACCAUUAAUGGCUGGCUUUUCAUGAACAUCCUCACCUACUACAUCCAACAUGGCUUCCACCGCAGAAACGACUCCUCUUCUCCCCCAGUACCAACAACAAAACCAACCAUCAACAUCCAAUACGUCACCGCGAGCGAACCGGCGAACAGUCACUUUCAACCCUCUAACCACAGUCAGUACAUAUCACGAUCCCACCUCCACGGCUGCCCCAGCCCGAACAUUGUAUUCCGGUCCUUCCUCAUUUCCAAGUUCCCAAGAUACCCCGCAACGGACGACUGGGCUAUCCGCAUUGAACAGUAAGCUCCGUCGCCGUAAUAGCCAUGGAGCACCGUACAGCGCAACCGCCUCAGCGCCUGUGGCAUCUAAAGUGGGUCCACAAAGAACGACAAAGAAAGCCCAGAAACUAAAGCUGCUCCCUGAUCCAAUAACGGAGGAGGUUGUUGAAGGCGAAUUCCCGUCGGACGUCUACUCCCAAAUCGCACGGAUUAAAGAGCCCACCGCUCGGAGCCAUGCUGCAAGACUGGGCAAAGCAGACAGGGAUCGACUACCCCGCGUAACAGCAUAUUGUACCGCUAAUUCAUAUCGACUGGAUGGAGCGAUCAGAUUCCUUAAGUCAAGGUCUAAGACCCGUGGAGCUAACCCGAAGCUCUACGAUGAAUGCGUCUAUUCACCAUUUGACUACUUGUAUGAAGAGAAGCAAAGAAGUACAUCAGAUGAUACUGUUGGAACCAGGAACAACUUCCAGAGGCCACCCGCUGAGCGCAGGUUCUCUGAUAGCGUGGUUGAGAUUGAUGAUAACGCUAAAUCCCGAAGAGAGGACCUCAUCGACCUUCAAAAAUCAGCGGCCCAUCAGUCCGAAACUGCUGUGACGGAAGCUCUGUCCGAAAAUACAGACUUUGACACGACAAUUCACACCCCGGAAGUAUUUCUGUUCGAUUAUGGCACGGUCGUUAUAUGGGGCAUGACACCAGCACAGGAGUCCCGGUUUCUGUCCGACGUCUCUAAAUUCGCGACCUCUAUCUUGAGCCCGGAAGAUACACAAGUCGAAAACUUCAAUUUUUACUAUGCACGCGAGUAUCAAGCACGGAUAUACAAUGACUUUAUUUCUCUGCGCGACCCGCGAAACCACAUGAUCAAGCUGGCCAUCUCGCAUGCUCUCGCCCAGUCAGUGAAGACCUCCCUUUUCGAAGACCUCGUCUCGGAAACGAUCUCAAACACUGCACCACUGCCCGCCCAAAUCGCACAGACAGGGAGCGUUAACCUCACUCGGCGACAAAUCAACAUGCAAGUCGGAGAACUAUUCAUUCUACGGAUCAACAUCCAUCUUCAGGGCUCCGUCCUCGACAGUCCGGAACUAAUGUGGGCCGAACCACAGUUGGAACCUGUCUACCAGGCAGUCCGGAGCUACCUCGAGAUGGAUCAACGAGUAAGCCUCCUGAACGAACGACUAGACGUCAUCGCAGAUCUUCUAGCUGUUUUAAAAGACCAGUUAACUCACCGACACGGUGAGUAUCUGGAAUGGAUUGUCAUCGUUCUCAUUGCUGCCGAGAUCCUCGUCGCAGCUAUCAAUAUCGUGGUCGACUUAUACGCUGGCGUUGAUUAAAGUCCCCAAGAGCAAAAGAGUUCAUUUCCUCAUACCCCCUAGUCUGCUUUACGGACAAACACCCCUAUCUACAUUUUAUCUACGCUAAUCCACAUCUAUCCUUUGCUGUACUGGUACCGGAACCGGGGCAGGCGAGUAGCAUUACCAUGCUAAUAUCUGCUAUGGAGGUCACGCAUCGCCAUCCCAUGUACUAUACAAGAUGACAAUAGCCACACAGGCAGGUGCAAAGCCUGAACAAGUGUAAUUUUAUACCGGUGGACCCCUGCCACUGCUUCAUCCAAUACAAACAUAGAUAUAGUCGAGUUUUACAACAUGAUCAGUAUCCAUCCCACCUAUCCCACGAACUAAAAUGUAUUUUGCACCACCGUAAUCACCAAAGACA